AUGUGUCUCUCUGCUAUUGGAUAUCUGCUUGCCAUUCUCGCAUUGCGUGUGGCCGCUUGGCAGUCCCUUGAAGCUUAUAUUGUUGCUGUCAAUAAAUUUGGAGCGGAGUGCGUAUCCGAUCCUAGAGGGAACAGUACACUAACAACCCUCUGCAUCAGUUUUGUUAAUCCCGCCCCAAUCGUAGCGCAAGGAAACGCCUCAACCUUGGCGGACAACGUCGUAGGGCGAAUCGAUAUCACCACCAACUUUGUUGGUCAAGAAUUGAACAUCGAAUACCUUUACGGGCUCUUCCUGGAAGGCGCCACAGCCAAUACCACACAACUCAUCGGUACCCCCAUAACGACAGUCCCACAAGCCCUUGUCGUCGAACAGCCCGUCGCAUUCGUCAGCUUCGUCACUAAUCUCCUCUUCUCGACUGUGAAUCUCACACUUCCGCUCCAAAUCGAUGUCAUCCUCAGAUUCGACGACGAGACUAUGAAAGUCACGUCCUAUGAUGCGACCCUGAGGCGCUGGUCAGAGUUCUGGGACUAUUACAUUCCUCUUCUGGUUCCCAAAGCCGCCGAAGAGUUGAUGGCUGCUAACACGGCUGAUGUGGACUACUGUAAUUCGACAGAUAUCAUUGUGCACCGUGCUGCCGCAGAUAUCUGCACGGUGGCCCAGACGUACUGUUUGGGCGGAAAUCAGCAGUAUGAUUCCUAUGACCAAUGCGUACAAUUCAUAACGGAGGAGGUGCCAUUUGGUGCAUCGUGGUCCGGUGGCGAGAAUGCAAGUGACCUGGCAUACCGAUGGAAAGAUAUAGACAUGGUCAAAUACCGUCCGGACGUUCAUUGUCCUCAUGUCGGGCCUACUGGUGGAGAUUAUUGCAUUCCAAGGAACUACAUCGACAUAGUCCUCAACCCGCCCUUCAACGAAUCUUUUAUCGCGUAUACAGCCUCGGGACAGUGA